UCGGACCCAGCAGGAGGAUGGCAAACUCAACACAGGGCAACGGGGGCCUCCCCAGCGCGGAGCUCUGGGCCUCCCAUAACAGGAUGGUAGUGGAACCGCUCGACAGCAACGACCCGGAGGUGCACAGCAUCAUCAAGAAGGAGAAGCAGCGGCAGAGGCUGGGGCUGGAGUUAAUCGCGUCGGAGAACUUUGCGAGCCGAGCAGUCCUGGAGGCCCUGGGAUCCUGCAUGAACAACAAAUACUCUGAGGGCUACCCAGGACAGAGGUACUACGGCGGGACGGAGUUCGUAGACGAGCUGGAAAGGCUGUGCCAGAAGCGAGCCCUGCAGGCGUACCGGCUCGACCCCCAGAAGUGGGGCGUCAACGUCCAGCCCUACUCAGGGUCACCCGCAAACUUUGCGGUGUACACGGCCCUGGUGGAGCCCCACGGCAGGAUCAUGGGGCUGGACCUGCCCGAUGGGGGCCACCUCACCCACGGGUUCAUGACGGACAAGAAGAAGAUCUCUGCCACCUCUGUCUUCUUCGAGUCCAUGCCCUACAAGGUCAACCCCAAGACCGGUUACAUCGACUACGACCGGCUGGAGGAGAAUGCCCGCCUCUUCCACCCCAAGCUGAUCAUAGCAGGUGUCAGCUGCUACUCGCGCAACCUGGACUAUGCCCGCAUGCGGAAGAUCGCCGACGCCAACGGUGCCUAUCUCAUGGCUGACAUGGCCCACAUCAGCGGGCUGGUGGCCGCUGGCGUGGUGCCCUCCCCCUUCGACCACUGCGACGUCGUCUCCACCACCACCCACAAGACCUUGCGGGGCUGCAGGGCCGGCAUGAUCUUCUACCGCAAAGGCACCCGCAGUGUGGACCCCAAGACGGGCAAGGAAACACUCUACAACCUGGAGAGCCUCAUCAACCAGGCGGUCUUCCCCGGGCUGCAGGGAGGCCCGCACAACCACGCCAUUGCAGGGAUCGCCGUGGCCCUGCGGCAGGCCAUGACGCCCGAGUUCAAGGCCUACCAGCAGCAGGUGGUCGCGAACUGCAAGGCACUCUCGACGGCGCUGAUGGAGCUGGGCUACGACAUCAUCACGGGGGGCUCCGACAACCACCUGAUUCUGGUGGACCUGCGCAGCAGAGGCACGGACGGCGGCCGGGCCGAGCGGGUCCUGGAGGUCUGCUCCAUCGCCUGCAACAAGAACACGUGCCCUGGCGACGUCAGCGCCCUGCGCCCCAGCGGCCUGCGGUUCGGGACGCCAGCUCUCACCUCCCGCGGCUUCCAGCAGGACGACUUCCGCAUGGUGGCUCAGUACAUCCACAGAGGGAUCGAGCUGACGCUGCGCGUGCAGAAGGACAUGAGCCCUAAGGCCACGCUGAAGGAAUUCAAGGAGAAACUGGAGGAGGAGAAAUACCGGGGGGAGCUGAAGGCACUGAAGGAAGAGGUGGAGGCCUUUGCAGCGACCUUCCCGCUCCCGGGGCUGCCCGUCCUGUAAGGGGAGGCACCCGUGCCCGCUCCCGGAGCCAUGGAAGUACCCGGGACCACGGCACACUCGCACCCCCAGCCCGAGACCAACACCCCAGUGCCUUCUCCCAGCAACUUCCCUGCUGGCACUGGCUGCGGUGCAGCAGCGGCUCCUUGUUUGGCUCUUACUCACCUCUCCCCUCCCGUUUGGGGCACAAGACCCCCCUGAGCAUGUCGUCCCCCCCCCCGCCAGGAAACCAGCCCUUUCACCACUCAGUGUUACGACUGGGACCCAGCACCAGGUAACCCUCAGCCUCGCAGCCAGGCCUGGGUUUGAUCCGGUUCUCGCUGGCUGUGGGAGCGGCAGACGAGGUUUAGGCAGGCCUGCCCACGGUCACCCAGACACCCCUGC